UGGGAAAUGGGACGUAUUCCAACUGGAGCUUCCUGACAGAGCGUGGGCCUACAAAUGGUCCAAGCAAUUGCCACUGCCCAGCCUUUCCCUCCCACCUGCUGACUCCCUCCAUGGGGAAGGCUUCCUGGCUUUUGUUCAGUCUCUGCCUUGUUAAUGGCACUUACUUGAUUUCGUGUUGGGUUGAGCAAGAGCCCAAUGACUGGAGAAACUGUAUCAAGAGGAGCAGCUGCUGUGCCCUGAGGGGUUUUUCAUCCUCGUGACCAAAAUCUAUAGUCAUAGGUGAAGCCUAUUUAUUCCCAACCAAGCUGGGGAAAUCUCAAAUAAUCCUUUGCAGGUACAAGAGCUCUGCCAGGAUUAAAGCAGGCAGCACUGUGUGCCGGGGGAGCUGCAGCUCUGCCCAGCUGAAGGGAAGGGACCAUCUCAGUCCUACAGAAGGGUGAACCCUCGAGAAGGCCUCCCCUGGUUUUUGGACAUCAGCAUUGAGUGGACUUCUGCUGGGGCCAUGUCCUCUUCCAUCAGAAUUGAAUCUGUUGUGAAGGAGAAGAACCGGAUGGGAGAAUGCCCGGUCUGGGAAGAACGGGAGAACGCGCUCGUCUAUGUUGACAUUAAUGGCCAGAAAGUCUGCCGCUGGAGCGCACUCAGCCACGAGGUGCAGUGCGUGUCUGUGGAUGCCCGUGUCAGCUCUGUGGCCCUGAGGCAGCGUGGGGGCUACAUCAUCACCCUGGGGUCCAGGUUUGCCUAUCUGGACUGGGACACCCAGAAGGUCACCACCAUCCUCAAGCUUGAGCAGGAUAAACCCAACAACAGGUUCAAUGAUGGCAAAGUGGAUCCCAAGGGGAGGUAUUUUGCUGGCACGAUGGCUGAAGAGACAGCACCAGGGGUCCGAGCAAGACGGCAAGGGGCUCUCUAUACUCUUUUCCCUGACCUAUCAGUAAUAAAACAGUUAGACCAAGUGGACAUCUCCAAUGGUCUGGACUGGUCCCUGGACCACAGGACCUUCUUUCACACUGACAGCCUGGCGUACGCUGUGCAUGCCUUCAGCUAUGACGUGUGCACUGGAAAGAUUGCCUGCCCCAGACUGCUGUACCGCUUGGAGGAGGAGGAGCGGAUGCCCGACGGGAUGUGCACUGAUGCAGAGGGGAAGCUCUGGGUGGCCUGCAUUGAUGGAGGAAGAGUGAUCCGCAUUGAUCCAGAGACAGGAAAAAGAAUCCAAACUGUGAGGCUGCCAACUUCAAGGAUCACCUCCUGCUGCUUUGGAGGAAAGGACUACGCGGAGAUGUACGUGACGUCUGCCUAUGAUGGGCUGGACGAGGCCACCCUCGCCAAGGAGCCUCAGGCGGGAGAGAUAUUCAAGAUAACAGGCCUGGGUGUUAAAGGGAUCCCACAGAAUUUUUUUGCUGCUUAGAAGUCACCACUAAGUAACAAAUGAGAAGUGCUUGCCUCUUGCAGUAAUUCUGGGAAGGAGAAGUCCAAUGAGCUACAGAAUCCAUCCUGCGAGGAUUUCUAAACCCAUGAUUGAGAAUGUGCUUGUUUGGAACCGAAGAUAUUCCUUCUUCUGUGGGCCCAUGGCAGGUUACAAUAGGUCAGAGAGGUAAAGUGUUACAACUUGACAUCUUCCGUGACUUUACAUAAACUUCUUUGAGCUUGAGCUUAGUUAUUUUGAGCUUUCUGAUCACCAGCUCUGGAUUUUCAUGUCUCUGUGGUUUCCAAAGCAGAUCUGGCUCCUGGUCUGUCUCCUCAUGAGACAGUGAUGUAACAGAAAUGAUACAGCUGAUUUUAAUACACAUUUUGAGAGUGAUAACUGGAACAGGACUGCUCCUUUGCUGCAGGCUUUCAUCUCUCACUUGAAGUAUUCAGGCUCCAAUUUUAGGUUCUAGGCUGUUUCCAUUUGCUUUGUCACAAAGUUUUCUGUUUUGCCUUUAGGCCACCAUUUACGCCUUG